AUGGAGGUUACGUCAAUAGAGUCUCCGCACAGAGGGAAACACUUCACGGCGUCGCCAAGCCGGGACCUCUCUGCUGAUCUUGGGUCCUGUCUCGAAGCACAAAAGAAGGCUACCCUCAAAGCCCUCCACGAGAUAUCAGUGUUAUCCCAGAUACCAGAUGAUGGAGACGAAGCCCAGCAGUCGACCAAUGCAGUUGCUUAUGAGCAACUACGGAAUCUACUCAAAGGCACUGUGGAGCGUGGCGAAGGUAACAGCUGUCUCGUCGUCGGACCGAAGGGUAGUGGCAAAACACAGGUGAUUGAACGAGCGAUAUCUUCACUAUCCCAGCCGCCUGUUGUUAUUCGCCUCUCCGGCCAUGCUCAGACAACUGACAAGCUCGCCAUUCGCGAGAUUGCAUGGCAGCUCGCGGUACAAACAGGACACUCACUACUUCCUUCAGAUGGCGACGAUGUUGCGGCGGACGACGAGAAUCCCUUCGUCGAAAGCAAACUAGAUAGUGACACCGCCGUGGCUCUCCCGCCGCCUUCGCAUCUGCUUGCUCUCAUUGCAAUGCUUCCUACCCUCGCGCGCCCGACGGUCAUUGUCCUCGACGCCUUCGACCUCUUCGCGCUGCAUGCACGCCAGUCGCUCCUCUACUGCCUGCUCGAUACCGUCCAGAGCUGCCGCGCUGUCGCAGGCAACAAAGGCAUCGCCGUUAUCGGCGUCACAACACGCGUCGAGACCGUCAACAUGCUUGAAAAACGUGUCAAGAGCCGCUUCUCUGGCCGCAUCCUACGCACGGCAGCGCACACUAAGUUUGACGGUUGGGUCCAAGCCGCGAAGGAGGCGCUUUGUGCGCACGCGCACGUUGAAAAUGAAGAGUGGAGUGGGAGGUGGAAGGAGGCGGUAGCGAACUUCUUGCAAGAAGAGCAGGUGCUUGGACUAUUGAGGGAGACGUACUCGUUGACGAAGGAUGUGCGCGUCUCGACGAUACCCACACUCAAACCCUCCUCACCAUACCCAAGCGCCUCUGCAUUUGCCUCUGCAGUCGCAAAACAGCGCGCCCCGCCGCGAUUUUCCUUCCUCACCUCGUUAACAUACCCCUCAAUCUGCCUGCUCAUCGGUGCGAUGCACGCGAGGACGUCUGGACACGAGACAUUCACCUUCGAGAUGCUGCACGAGGCAUUCCGCGAUCAGGUGCGCGUGUCGCUCUCUGCGCCAGUCACCGUCGAUGGCGGUGGCAUUGGUAUGGUACGCUGCAAGACGUAUUUACAGGCGUUCGAGAAGCUCGUCGCACUCAAGGUCUUUGUUGCGACUGCCCCAACGGCGGUCGGCACUGGACGUGAAUUUGCCAAGUACCGGUGCGAUAUUGAUCGCACGGAAGUAAAGAACGCUGUCGAGACGCUAGGGCAGCUGAACCUGAAGAAGUGGUUGAACAAGGCCAAUUAA